AGAGGGGGACACUAUUAACAUCAUUUAUAAAAUAUAAUAUGACUCGUUUUGCAUGAGAUUCAAUGGGAAAAAAAAAAAAAACCAUUUUGACUUUAAAUUUUAAAAUUUAUGGUAAAACUUAAUAAAUUCAGAGAAGGAAAGGAUGUACUAUUUCAUAGAACUUUUUUUUUUUAAAAAAAAAUUAAAAAAACUAAAAAAAGAUCGCCGUCAGAAUAGAAUAUAUUGUUCUUCCACAUAUACUACUGGUUCUGUCAGAAGAGUUUACUUACAAUAUAACUAUAUAUAGAUACAGACUUAGUCUGGUAGUGGAUACUGAUCAAUCUUGAGAAAGAAGAAGAAAUGGGAAACUCAUGGGGGUGUUUUGCUCCUCGGAGAGAGGUGAACAACUUAUUACAGCGUCGACCUACUAAUAAUAAAAAGUCAUCUUCUUCACCUUCUCACGACUCCUUCAUCACAAGAAACCGUUCCACUAAUAAGAAAACAGAGCAUAGAGAAGAUGAUUUGCUCCUUCAACAACAGGCCAUGGCGGCAGCUCUGCUUUUCCGGCAGCACCAGAGAAACGGCACUGGUGAUCUUCCGGCCUCCCUUAUGAACCGUUCAACCUCUGUCGUCUAUCCAUCUCCGGCUCCAAGAAAGCAAGCCUUUGCUAAAAGCUCAAGUUCUAGGCAACGCUCUGGGUCAGAUACUCUGCUUCACCCUCAGGAGCUUCUCGUUUCUCAGGACCGGAAGAGUGUUGAGGGUGUAGAAACCAAACAUUUUAUUCUUGUUCAUGGAGGUGGAUUUGGUGCCUGGUGUUGGUAUAAAACCAUGACACUAUUAGAAGAAGAAGGCUUCAAAGUUGAUGCAGUUGACUUAAAUGGUUCUGGAGUCCAAUCAUCUGAUACCAACAGCAUUACAAGUCUUGCACAAUAUGUAAAACCAUUAACUAAUAUUCUUGAGAAACUAGAGGAUGGAAAGAAGGUAGUUCUGGUGGGACAUGAUUUUGGGGGUGCUUGUAUAUCUUAUGCAAUGGAAUUAUUUUCAUCUAAAGUUGCAAAAUCCAUAUUCAUUGCCGCAACAAUGUUGGCUAGUGGGCAGAGUACCCUUGAUUUGUUUUCACGACAGUUUGGUGCAAAUGAUCUAAUGCAACAAGCACAGAUAUUCUUGUACGCUAAUGGGAAGGAUCAGCCUCCUACUGCUAUAGAACACAACAAAGAAUUGGUCAAAGAUCUUUUCUUCAAUCAAAGUCCUUCUAAGGAUGUUGUAUUGGCCUCGGUAUCAAUGAGGCCUGUUCCUUUUGCACCAGUCAUGGAGAAACUCUCUCUUUCCGAAGCGAAUUAUGGCUCGGUUAGCAGGUUUUACAUUGUAACACAAGAAGAUCAUGCCAUAAGUCCUUCUCUACAGGAGAUUAUGAUAAACUCGAAUCCACCAGAGCAUGUUUUUCGGAUCAAGGGCUCUGAUCAUUCACCUUUUUUCUCGAGGCCUCAAGCUUUACAUAAGAUAUUAGUAGAGAUAGCUCAGAUUCUACCAAAGUAAAACUUAUUUCCAAAGUACACCAAUUCUCAAAGAGCCUUGAUUCCUUCAAGGCUAUAGUGCGCUUAUAUUUAAAGGCCACAAUGUGUAGAUUAUUAUUAAAUAAGGUGCAUCAUUCAGAACUUUCAUUGUCGCUUGUACACUGUUUAGGUUGAUUAUUUUAUUGGUGUGAGACUUUGAGAGCUUAAAUUAGAUGUAGAUUUUUUUUUCUUUUCGAAUUUUUGUAAAUAGUAGAAGUUUGAUGUGAGUUGGAAAUGAGCCAUUAAUUGUGCA